UACUGUGUGACAUCUUGUCAUUGGUGGAAUUCAAAUUUCCAAAAGUUGGUUUUGUGUUUUAUUCUGAUUUUCUUCUGAUUUGCUUGUGUUAAUCACUCGUCAAACGAGUACCAGGUGCACGCGGCAGAAAAAAUGGCGCGGCAGGGAACAGAACACUGGUCACCAGAGCGCGCAGAUGAUUAUUAAAUAUUUAUAGGUUAUUAAUCUUCCCUUUAGUUUUAAUUAAGUGGAUAUGUUAUGAUACUCAGAUCUGAUCAAAUAUCACAAAGACGUGAAUCACGGUUUUUACACGUCGAAGGAGGAGGCGAAGUCGUUAGAUUGCACACUCAUUGCCACGAUGCAGCGAGAACUGACUAAGAACGCACCAAAAGUUGCACUGAAGUAAAAGACGAACGAUGCGUCUCUGGUACCUGCUAUUGGCUUUGAUUUGCCAAUUUUUGUUUUGCUGUAAAGCUCAAGACAAAGGAUCAACUACUGUGCAACAGGAAGCAUCACUGCUAAAAUUUUUCAAACUAAAUGGCGAUAACUACGUUGCAAGAAACACGGCAAUCAACUUCACAAACAAGAACGAGACGUUCAACCAUUCACGAAACUGUAAUCUCUUCAUCAAGGGAAUGUGCGUUCACAAACUCAAGAGUAAAAGUAACAAUGUGAAAAAGUCGUUCCGCCCCAAUGAUUAUGAUGACGAUGAUUAUGAUGAUGACGACGACGAAGCUCCCGACGACGAGGAAUUUUCGGAGGAGACACGUGAUCACGAAAAGUUAUACGACGAGGAACCAGAGGAUAUUGAGAAUUACGUGCCACGGCAUGGCAGGCCUGGGUUCGAGGAUGGUAUAGACAACGAUAUGGACGCAGAUUGGGACUGGGAGUCACAAAGACGAUAUUACGGAAGACAUGACAGGGAAAGAUGGAGACUUCGUCACCCACCGGACUAUGACGAUGACUACGAACCUAUUUAUUCCCCUUAUUACUACCAUUAUCCAAGACACACUCGUCAUCAUCAUCAUCGUCGUCGUCAUCAUUAUCAAGCUCCCGCACAUGCGAACUACAGAACAUUCAGCCACACGGUACCUUCUUGGUACACGUAUCCUCAGGGAUAUCCGGGCGGUACUCCCAUAUCAACUCCACCUCUUUCCUCGUAUGUUUCAAAUUCCGCAGGCGCGGGUUGGAUACAAGCUCCUGCCUCUUCUAAUGCGGGGUGGCAGCCUCGAUUUUAUCUUAAUCAGGGACCUGCAACGAAUAUGUUUAAAUCCCAACUUGCAGGAACCAGCAGCUGGGGCACUUAUCAACAAAACGUGUACAACUAUCCACACCGAGAAUCCAACUCCUUUUUCAUUCCACCAUAUUCUGCAUCGUCAAAUCCACAUCUACAAGUUACGACGCAGAACAGCGUGCAAUUUUCUCCUGCAAACUUUCUCCAUGGGAUAGCAACCUCUGUUACCCCACUAUCUAGCCAUAUCUAUCAAUACCCUCGGGUAAUUUAUAGCUCUAGACAUUUUGCUGGUCCAUUUUCCAGAUCAUUCCCGAAGCAUCGAGAGUUUUCUGACGCUGUUCUUAACAGAAUUAGAGACCAAAACCUUCACUAAGUAGAUCAGUGUACCCAACCCUUCCUUUUUGGACUGCGAUGCUGGCAACAGAAAUAUUUAAUAACAAUAUUUGCUACAACUGUGUCUCAAGGAAGGAACUUGAAGUUGGCCUGACUUUUCUAAAAACUUGUUUAAAACUCUGACAAUGCCACCACAAGAGACAACUGUUACGAAUAAAUCCUUCACCAAGUAUGUGACACUAUUAAAUGUCGGGGAAAACUAACUAUCAAGCACACUU